AUGGUGCGACUCUUACUAGACAGUGGGGCGCAGGUUAAUUUCUACCGUGGGAAACGGGCUCAUUCACCACCGGCAAGAAUUAAAAGCCGGCAGUGGGGAUAUGUGCCCAUUGACCCUCCACCAUUGUUCAUGGCCGUUAAGUGCGGACAUAUGGAACUCGUGAAGCUGCUUUUGGAGCGAGGAGCAAAGGCUGAGCUAUACGCACCCUCACCGCUGUACCGAGCGGUUGAGGAUAAUCGGCACGAUAUCGCGGCUGUACUGGUGCGACACGGGGUGCGUCCACAAGAUACGACGUUAAAGCUAGCUGUAUUGCGCGGUAAUCAGGAAAUGGUUCGACUUCUUCUCUAUAGUGAGCUAAAUGCUGCUGAAUUUGGGGGCCCUGCACUCUUCGCUGCUAUGAAGAGAAAUGACCGAUAUAUGGUGCAUCUCUUGGAGUCUCGGGGCGCCACCAUUGCUAAACUUGGUGACUUGGACAAGAGGAACUGGGAAGAGGAAGACCGGGAUAGUGAUGAUGAGUACGGGCUUUGUCGUAAAAAGCUGCCCGCUUCUUUUAUGCAAUUUGACUUGGAAGUUGAGGAGGAAGAUGAAGAGGAAGAGGAAGAGCUGGAGACCUAA